AUGAAUUUGGAGUAUGAAAGAAUAAAGUUUAUAUUUCCAAGUUUAGAUAAAUUUAUCAUAAUGGUAUAAUUACAAUAAACUUAGGACUUUAACAAGAAGAUAGCCUUGUAAGAUUUGAAAUUUACAUUUACAAAUGUUCUAAAGAUAGAUUUAUUUUCAAAAUUACCUUAGUUUUCUGUCUCUAGAGGUUUUCAUUCCAUUUUAUUAAACUCUCACCAAAGCCUAAGUGGGCAAACAAAUUAAAAUUUUUAUUAGAAGGUUGGGAAUCAUCUUGAGAUUACAGUAAAAUUUCAAGAAGAAGGAGCAUGAUUAAAUACAAUAAUCAUUCUUAGAUACUCAGUAUUAAUGCAUUUAAUAGAAGUAUCCCAUAUACUUAGUUAGAAUGAUAGCAAACUUCACCUAGAAACAUAAGAAUGAUCAUUUUAUAUGAUAUAAAUCUUGUUAUCUUAUAAACAGAUCGAUUGCAAUCUCAA